CAGCGAGGGAGAGACCUUAUGUGAUUGGCUCGGUGUUUCCCGAUUUAACCUCGCCUCCUCCUCCAGUGCCGGACAAACUACUUUGUUUUUAAGUGGCUACUGGGCGGACCUGUUGUGUGUGUUUUUUUUUCAUUUUACCGGGGGCGGGGAGGCAAAGAAGAAGAAAACGGAGAAGAAGAAGAAGAAGAAGAGGGAAACAUGGCUACGACAACCUGUACAAGAUUCACUGACGAGUAUCAGCUGUAUGAGGAACUUGGCAAGGGUGCCUUUUCGGUAGUGCGUAGAUGCGUGAAGUUAUGCACGGGACAGGAGUACGCGGCCAAAAUCAUCAACACCAAAAAGCUAUCCGCCAGAGAUCACCAGAAGCUGGAACGAGAGGCUCGCAUCUGUCGGCUGCUCAAACAUCCCAACAUUGUUCGUCUUCAUGACAGCAUAUCAGAAGAGGGCUUCCACUAUCUGCUCUUUGACUUGGUGACUGGAGGUGAAUUGUUCGAGGACAUCGUAGCCCGAGAGUACUACAGUGAGGCUGAUGCCAGCCACUGCAUCCAGCAGAUCCUGGAGGCCGUGCUUCACUGCCAUCAAAUGGGCGUUGUGCACCGAGACCUGAAGCCAGAGAACCUUCUCCUGGCCAGCAAAUGCAAGAAUGCGGCGGUGAAACUGGCGGACUUUGGUCUGGCCAUCGAGGUGCAGGGGGACCAGCAGGCCUGGUUUGGCUUUGCUGGCACACCAGGGUACCUGUCCCCUGAGGUUCUGAGGAAGGAAGCAUAUGGCAAACCUGUGGACAUCUGGGCCUGUGGAGUGAUCCUGUACAUCCUGUUGGUAGGUUACCCUCCUUUCUGGGAUGAGGACCAGCACAAACUGUACCAGCAGAUCAAGGCUGGGGCCUACGAUUUCCCUUCUCCAGAGUGGGACACUGUAACCCCGGAGGCCAAAAACCUGAUCAACCAGAUGCUGACCAUCAACCCGGCCAAGAGGAUCACUGCCCAGGAGGCCCUCAAGCACCCGUGGGUCUGCCAACGGUCCACGGUGGCUUCCAUGAUGCACAGACAGGAGACGGUAGAGUGCCUGAAGAAGUUCAACGCCAGGAGGAAACUCAAGGGAGCCAUUCUCACCACCAUGUUGGUCUCUCGGAAUUUCUCUGUGGGCAGCAGGCAGACCACCGCUCCGGCCUCUGUGGUUCCGGUCUCAGUCGGCGCGGGUACCGCCGCGGGGUUGGUCGAACAAGCAGCCAAGACUUUGCUCAACAAGAAAGCCGACGUCAAGAAACGCAAGUCCAGCUCGACUGUGCAGUAUAUGCCUCAGACAAACAGCAAAAACAGCAUAGUCACCAGCCCAAAAGGAAACAUCCCUUCACCUGCUCUGGAGCCACAGACCACCGUCAUCCAUAACCCGGUGGACGGGACUAAGGAAUCUUCGGACAGCAGCAACACCACAGUAGAGGAUGAAGAUGUGAAAGCCCGCAAACAGGAAAUCAUAAAGAUCACCGAGCAGCUCAUUGAGGCCAUCAACAACGCAGACUUUGAGGCUUACGCCAAAAUCUGCGACCCGGGCUUGACUUCCUUUGAACCCGAAGCGCUGGGCAACCUGGUGGAAGGGAUGGACUUCCACAGGUUCUACUUUGACAACCGUGUGCUGUCCAUCCAUCCAGUGCUGUCUAAAAACACCAAGCCCAUCCACACCACCCUCCUGAACCCUCACGUGCACCUGAUCGGCGAAGACGCCGCCUGCAUCGCGUACAUCCGCCUCACGCAGUUUGUGGACGGGCAGGGUCGACCGCGAUCCAGCCAGUCUGAGGAGACCCGAGUGUGGCACCGCAGGGACGCCAAGUGGCAGAACAUACACUUCCACUGCUCCGGCGCUCCUGCCGCACCGCUGCAGUAGUCGGACGUGCGAGCGAGAGAGAGCCUCCGUUUGUUUUGUCAGGAGGGAGAGGAUGAUGAAGAUACGUAAUCGAGAGCGUCAUGAGUCGGAACGUUUAACAGCAACUUCCUCACUGCACAUGCGCGCACGCACACACACACACACACACGCACGCACGCACGCACGUUUGUGAAGCCUCGUGUCACUGCACUGGAAACACAUUAUGUAAAGUUUGAAGCCCUUAUUCUAAUAACGAAUUCAAGUCAUGAUUAUUACACAUUUGUAUAUAGUAUGUCAUUUGUACCAUGAAAAUGAUUAAUGCCAGUGGUUUCUAGUUAAUGGAUUUUUUUGUUUUUUCUUUGUUUUUAUUAAGGAAGCAUGCACCCCCGUGGCUAUUAAGUGAAACAUUAUACGUAUAUACAGUUUUUUUUUUUUUUGUGUGUAAUUCUCUAAUUAUGCUCUAUGUUAGCCAUGAUGCUUGCACCCCGCCUCAUCAUGUCUUUGAGCGCUUUAUAUUUGAAUGUUUUUAGUUUAAUUUUUAAAUUUAUUUGUGAGGGCUCGGGGGUCAUUAAGCCCCGGUGUCUUCCCGCUAAAAUUAUUAUGAAUAUUUUUAAUGUUUAAUAGGUGAAUGAGUCAGGUGCCAAAUAACUGCCAAAAAUGAAUGCAUCAUAUGAGUGUAAUUAAUAUAUUGGAACAAAUCAUCUAAAAUGUAUGAUUUGUGUUUUGUUGUCUUUGAUCCUUAAGUUAAAAAAAGUAUUUAGUUCGUUUAUAGAAAAACGGUCCGUUUUUUUGUUGUUUUGUUUUAGUUUUUUUUAACUUGUCCUCAGGUUUGAUUCAUUUUUAGGCAUUUAUAAUUAGACUCAGUCAUUUAAAGAGAGACUGCACCAUACUGCGCAAGAGCCAAACUAGUAUGCCUCGUGUAACUUUUUUUUCCUUUCUCAAUGUACUCAAACAGGGAUUAUUGCCGUCAGAGCAAGAACCCAGUGGAUUUUCAACCAUUUCCAAAACAAGAAGGUAGCAGACUUCAAAUCGGUGAAGGGUCGCUGUCACCGCUCCAAAUUUUCAAUUGACUUUCAGGGAUUAUAGUUCUUUGUCAGAGCAAGAAUCAAGGAUUUUUGAAAUUUUCUAAAAACAAGAUAGUUAAGAUCAAUGGUCAAAUCAGUGUCUCACGCUCUCACCUCUUCAAACCAAUCAACCAAAUGUUGCAUUUUCACAGCUUGAGAAAAUCUCAUUUCAAAUUGCCUGUUAAUUUUUGGCCAGGAUUUAGUAGUCCGCCAAUUAUGUGCCCCGCCCACACAAACACAUACACAAAAAAAACAAAAAAACAAAGCAUGAACAUGUUCUUUUCUUAGUGUGUUUACAGUUUGACUUGCAAUGACUGUGCUGGGAACUAUUCACUCAAUCCCUAAUCCCUGUAAUAAGGAUUUUUUUUUAAAAUAGGAACUAUCUAGGUGAGUCGGGAAUAAACUGAAUGCUUCCUAACGAGGCGUUCGGAAUCAUUCAACUCAUUCCCUACUCCCUUAUCAUUACAUAGGGAUUUUUAUAGGAACUAUCUACGUCACUAUAAAGUCCACUAUAUUAAAUUAUUUAUGUGGUGAUUAUAGCCGCGUGAUCUCCAAAAACCAUGAAUGUUUCAGGAAAUAAAGAUGGCAUGUUUUUUUUGUUAUUGAAUACUGUAUAGUAUUGAUUUUUAAAAAAAAAUAUUAAAUUGAUACCAUUUUGUCAUAUACUUCCGCCCGACAACUGUAUUCUUAGUACCACUGGUUUUUUAGCUAAUGUGUCUAUUUUCUCUGUGUUUUAAGCGCUUAUUAUAUAUACAGGUAUUUUUGUCUCCAGAUGACCUCACGCAGAUAAAUCUAUAAAGUGAUGCUUUUGUACAGAAAGAAGACCCAGUCACCAGUCAAGCACAAAACCACAAGCAGCUUCCUCUCCUGAUCACUUCCUGGCAGUCUGUUCGCUUGCUCUCGUUUCGCCCGUGCUUUCUACCUUGCUACUUGUCUUUUGCCCCCGUUUUGCUUCUGUCCAAUACCAUGAUGAUUUCGUGCUCUUUUGUUGUAUUCUGCCGUGCUACUUUUCUGCUCUUGCUUGGACGACUUGUGCUUAAAGGUGUUCUCAAUAAAACAGCAACGUUACCAUACAAAGUGCCGACCGCUCUCUUUUGCCAGUGGUUUAUUUACUUAACUGCAGAGUACCAGUCGCCUAUUAUCAGAGGGCAGAGCGUUUAUUUUUCGCAUUGCAUUUUUAUAAUAAAUUCAUUAUUUAAUA